AUGGAUUUUCAAAGGCCGCCAGGAUUACUAGAUUUUGUUGGUGGAAUCGACAACGAGGCCUUGGAUUUUUCACAACUAGAAGCCUAUAUAAACAGUGACGCUUGCACAGGUGCAGGAGGAUACUUCUCGCAACAAAACGACUCUCUCAUUAAGAAACAUGAUUCAACGAGCGGCUUACUAUCAGGCCUGGUGCCGUUACAUCAAUUACAAACAUCUCCUGGACAGACAAAUCUGGAACCGAUUGGAACUUCAACGCAACAUAGGUUGCCAGAAAGUCCGCCGGAUUCGGGCAGUGAACAUCCAUACAGUCCGCCACCUCAAGGAACAAUCAUGGCAGUCCAUUAUCCACAACCGCCGACUGCCCAGUACCAGAUAUUGGAUGACGCCCUGAUUUACACACAAGUAGGAUAUAAAGGAUAUAAAGAUUUAUUUUCCGUUAGUGUCAAGAUCACAACAUUGACCUUACCAGCCGAAGGUGUUGUAUACGCCGAUCUCCAAACAACUCAACAACAGCAGCAACAACAACAAGCCCAGCAACAACAAGCAACACAGCAACUAACAACGGCCCCGAACAAAAAACGCAAAUUGACCAAUAGCCCGAGUGGCGUCAAAUUAGAACCGGUACCAAGUCCUGCCCCAUUGACCGCUCUUUGCUGCAGCGGCAAUGAGGCAAACGAUGCAGCAGCAUUUAGUGCCACAGCUAACGCCUUACUGGUGGCAGCUAAUACUGGGGACAUGUCGCUGGAUGGACAUUCACAAGACAGGUAUUCAAUGGACUCAUCCUUGUCCUUACCUGUGUCAGUUCCUGAAGGUCCAACCCAAGCCUCUCCAAACAGUGCGAAUAGUGCCAAUGCAUCCCAGCAGACCUUCCAAUGCAUCCGAUUUUCACCAUUCAGGAAAACAUCCUGGCAUGUUUUGUGUGACCAAUCUCUCCGCGAACUGCCAACGCCGCACUACAGAGUGGACGCUGAUAAAGGAUUCAACUUCUCGCAGGCUGAUGAAGCUUUCGUCUGCCAGAAGAAAAAUCAUUUCCAGAUAACGUGCCAUGCUCAGCUUCAAGGCGAUGCCCAAUUUGUAAAAACAGCUGAUGGUUUCAAGAAGAUUAGAGCUUUUCAUUUGCAUUUCUAUGGAGUCAAAGUGGAAUCUCCAACACAUACUAUUAAAGUAGAACAAAGUCAAUCUGAUCGCAGCAAGAGGCCAUUCCACCCAGUGUUCUUAUCGCUCUCGGCGGGCGAGACCUCCAAGGCAACGGUCGCCCGUCUGCAUUUCGCGGAAACCACUGCCAACAAUAUGCGCAAAAAAGGGAGGCCUAAUCCUGAUCAGAGGUACUUCAGGCUGGUAGUAGCCUUGCACGCGCACACAACUUCUGGAAACGGAACUGGUGCAGGUGGCUCGGAAUGUGCAGGCGAUCAGGAUGGUUAUCCGGUAGUCGCACACGCCUCGGAACGGAUAAUUGUGAGAGCGUCUAAUCCUGGUCAGUUUGAGAGUGACGUGGAAUUGUGCUGGCAAAGAGGACAAGUUCCAGAUUCUAUAUUCCACGCUGGGAAAGUCGGAAUCAAUAUGGAUAAACCAGACGAAACUUUAGUUGUCCACGGUAACAUAAAAGUAAGUGGGCAUGUUGUCCAGCCCAGUGAUGCUCGAGCUAAAGAAAAUAUUCAAGAACUUGAUACGAGGCAGCAACUGGAAAAUGUGAAGCAAUUACGAGUAGUAAGUUAUAGUUAUCAUCCUGAAUUCGUCAACUAUUCAGGAAUAAUGGUAGAGAAUGAUACGGGAGUUAUUGCACAAGAGGUUCAACAAGUGAUUCCCGAAGCCGUUGCACAAGCCGGUAACAUCGUACUUCCAAAUGGACAUGUAAUUGAUAAAUUUCUAGUUGUUAAUAAGGACCGUUUAUACAUGGAGAAUAUUGGAGCAGUCAAAGAGUUGUGCAAAAUGACCGAAAAUCUGGAGGCACGUAUUAGUGAACUUGAGAAAAUUAACCAGAAGUUUAACACAUUACGGCGAUGUUCAUCAUGUCGCAGUAAACAUGAUAAUGUUAAAAAGCAUAAAAAGUAUUUACGAACCAAAUCCAAAAAUGGCAAAUUUCUAUCAAGUCAACUGAUUCAAAUUAUAAUUGUUGUCCUCAUAUUCAUCUUAGCCUCGUGUUUAGCAGCUAUGUCUACAAUAUAUUUCUUCGAACAUUCGAAUCGGCAUAACCGUGCCCAUCAACAUGUAGUGUCCACAAAUUUCUUAUCAUCACCAGACGAAGACAAAUCUGUGUAA